AUGUCGUUAAUCCGGAAUGCUCCUCAGUACCAUGAUCCGAAGCUUGCACAAGUCGAAGAGGAAAUUCUGCAGCACUGGAAGGACUUCGUUUACUUCUGUAAUUACGUGGCGGACAAAGACCCUGACGCUGGGAAGCGAUUUUACGACUUGGAUGAGGCCAAUUAUUUUGAUCUUAUGGGUGCGGUUGAGCGUCCAGGCUUUCGCCCACACUACGAUCGCAUUACCCCCUACCUUGCACGCGCCAAUCUAAGAAUCAAGGAUCUAGAAAUUGUCGCCAUCAGUCCCGAAUUUGGUUAUGCAACUGCGAAUCAGAAUUAUUACGGGACAGCUGCAGAUGGAGAGAAAUUCAACCUCACCUACAGAACUACGUCUCUAAUGCGAAAGGUUGAUGGGGAAUGGAAGUAUAUCCACGAACACUAUUCAUUUCCUACAAACAUGGCAACCGGGAAGUCCGACUUCACGAGCGGCUUAGAGGUGCAAGAGAACAUCAGUUUGAAGGAAGGAGAAAAGCUAGCUUAG